CCUUACACUCGCGGCACAGGCUGACAGUAUUGUCGGGGGCUAUUCUCUCUCCCAGGAACAUGGCGGCGAGUCAGGGAGGAGGUGGUAACAGUGGGGGCGGCGGUUGUGGUGGAGGUGGAAGUAGCGGUGGCUGUGGCACGGCUGGAGGGGGAGGUGGCGGGGCUGGAGCGGGAGGCGGCGGCGGCGGCGGGACCCUGGUGGUCCCCAUCCCGGUACCGACUCUUUUCGGUCAGCCGUUCCCCAACGGGCCGCCGUGGAACCCGGGGAGCCUGCAGCCUCAGCACACCGUGAGGAGCCUGGACCGGGCCCUGGAAGAGGCGGGCAGCUCCGGCAUCCUGAGCCUCAGUGGUCGGAAACUCCGAGACUUCCCGGGCAGCGGCUACGACCUGACGGACACCACCCAAGCAGAUCUUUCCAGAAAUCGUUUUACAGAAAUUCCUUCUGAUGUCUGGUUAUUUGCACCCCUUGAAACAUUAAAUUUAUAUCAUAAUUGCAUCAAAACCAUUCCUGAAGCCAUUAAAAAUCUGCAGAUGUUAACAUACCUUAACAUUAGCCGAAAUCUUUUAUCAACAUUGCCAAAAUACCUAUUUGAUCUUCCCCUUAAAGUUUUGGUCGUCAGUAAUAAUAAACUGGUAUCGAUUCCAGAAGAAAUUGGGAAGUUAAAAGAUUUAAUGGAAUUGGAUAUUAGCUGCAAUGAGAUUCAAGUCCUUCCCCAACAAAUGGGAAAAUUACAUUCACUUAGAGAGCUAAAUAUAAGAAGAAAUAAUCUUCAUGUUUUGCCAGAUGAAUUAGGAGACCUUCCCUUAGUCAAGCUGGAUUUCUCUUGUAAUAAAGUGACCGAAAUUCCAGUUUGUUACAGAAAGCUGCAUCAUUUACAAGUAAUAAUUUUGGAUAACAAUCCAUUGCAAGUACCACCAGCACAGAUAUGUUUAAAGGGUAAGGUGCACAUAUUUAAGUACUUAAAUAUUCAAGCAUGUUGCAGAAUGGAUAAGAAACCAGAUUCCCUGGAUCUUCCAUCAUUGAGUAAACGAAUGCCCUCCCAGCCUCUCACAGACAGUAUGGAAGAUUUUUAUCCAAAUAAAAAUCAUGGCCCUGACUCUGGAAUUGGAAGUGAUAAUGGAGAGAAACGAUUAUCCACAACAGAACCAUCGGAUGAUGACACAGUCAGCCUUCAUUCUCAAGUCUCAGAAUCAAAUAGAGAGCAGACAUCAAGAAAUGACAGUCACAUAAUAGGAAGUAAGACUGACUCUCAGAAAGACCAGGAGGUAUAUGAUUUUGUUGACCCCAACACAGAAGAUGUAGCAGUUCCUGAACAGGGAGAUGCACAUAUUGGAUCAUUUGUAUCAUUCUUCAAGGGAAAAGAAAAAUGUUCUGAAAAAUCUCAGAAAAAUGAAGAAUUAGGAGAUGAAAAAAGACUUGAGAAAGAACAGUUGCUGGCAGAGGAAGAGGAUGAUGAUUUGAAGGAAGUAACUGAUUUGAGGAAAAUAGCUGCUCAGUUACUGCAGCAAGAACAGAAGACCAGGAUUCUUAAUCAUUCAACUUCUGUGAUGAGAAACAAGCCAAAACAAACUGUGGAAUGUGAAAAGAGGAUCUUGCUCUGUCACCCAGGCUGGAGUGCAGUGGCGCCAUCACAGCUCACUGCAGCUUUGACCUCCUGCGCUCCAGUGAUCCUCCCACCUCUCAGCCUCCCAAGUAGCUGGGACCACAGUGUCUCAGCAGAUGAAGUUAAUUCACCAUUAUCACCCCUCACCUGGCAGCCCUUAGAAAAUCAGAAGGAUCAAAUAGAUGAACAACCGUGGCCAGAAUCUCACCCUAUAAUCUGGCAGAGUGAAGAAAGGAGGCGGAGCAAACAGAUUAGAAAAGAAUAUUUCAAGUAUAAAUCAAUGAGGAAGAGUUCAAGUGGCAAUGAAAAUGAGCAAGACAGUGAUAAUGCUAAUAUGUCACCACAAUCUCCAGUAUCAUCUGAGGAAUAUGACAGAACUGAUGGUUUUUCACACAGUCCCUUUGGCUUGAAGCCUAGAUCAGCUUUUAGCCGCUCAUCUCGCCAAGAAUAUGGGGCAGCAGAUCCAGGAUUUACAAUGAGAAGAAAGAUGGAACAUUUACGGGAAGAGCGAGAGCAAAUACGACAACUUCGCAACAAUCUUGAAUCCAGGUUAAAAGUAAUUUUGCCUGAUGACAUUGGAGCUGCACUGAUGGAUGGGGUUGUUCUUUGCCAUUUAGCCAAUCAUAUAAGGCCACGUUCUGUUGCUAGUAUUCAUGUGCCAUCACCAGCAGUGCCCAAACUGAGCAUGGCAAAAUGUCGAAGAAAUGUAGAAAAUUUUCUUGAUGCUUGUAAAAAGUUGGGCGUCUCACAGGAAAGACUUUGUUUGCCUCAUCAUAUUUUGGAAGAACGAGGACUUGUGAAAGUUGGUGUCACAGUUCAGGCGCUCCUUGAAUUACCAACAACCAAGGCAUCUCAGCUUUCUAUGGCUUGAUAUAACAUUUUAAAAUUUUAAGUGUAUAGUUUCAUUUAUUUGAAGUGAUUUCAAAUAUUUCAAAUUCAUGAAUAAGAAUAUUCCGUCAAAAACAGUUUGCCUUAGGUCACGCCUUAGGAUUUUUAAAAAAUUACAUUGAAACAUCAAACUUAAACAUUGAAUUGCCCAAACUUCUUUGGGGGAAAACUGGAUUAAUUUAAUAAGAGUAUUUGAUAAACUCAAAUUCUCUUUUUACUAAGUCAGUUGAUAAUCUUGAUUAUUUUUCAGAAAGCAGACUGAUACUAAAUUUAAAAUGUAGUUUCAAUUUAAUAAUCACAUUAGGUUUAAUUUUUUUACAUCAUCGCAUACUAGUAAACAUCUGGAUAAAGGUAAUUUUUUUUAGCAAUUUAGAGCAAUUCUAUAUUUGAGUUAUUUAAUACACUUCUAAUUCUAGUUUAUACACAAUUUCUUCAAUCUUUGGUCUUAGUUUUUUAGAAAAAAGGAGUAGAAAAAACAAUUCUGGCUUUAUAUUAAAUUCUUUUAGUAUUAUAGGUUGGUGCCAAAAUAUUUUCAGUUGUACUGUAGAUUGUUUACAUGUGAAGUGCCUGUGUAAUUGAUGACUCUUAUAUAGUCUUAAGCAUUUUUGCAAUUUUUUAAAUGUAUUAAUAGAGUCAAUGGAACUUUAAAAUAUUUUAGUAGAUUUUGUAAAGUCAGUAAUAUGUGAGGAUUUAAAUGAGCCUCACAUGGUGACAUUUGUGGUUUUUUAGUUAGUCCAUUGCAGUUUCCCUUAAAUUGGUUAUUUCAUGUUGUCAAAAAUACCAAUGUUAAUAUGAUUAAUUUAUGCUAUUUAAUUUUGUGAAAAUCAUCUUUUAAAAUGUAUUAUUUGAAGAGUAUUUUAUUUCUGUAUUGAAAAUGUUACACAAAGCAGUGAAGUUUUUGAGAACUAGUGAAGUACUAAUUAUCAAGGACAUUUUGAUAAAACUGCCAAAGUUUGGGUUUAUAUCUUCCCUUUGAGCAGCAUUCUAUCAGUGCUGCCUUUACGUAUAUUCAGAGAGCAGCAGUUGAGGAAUAGGUUUUUACUCAAAAUCUGGCCAUUUGUGAAUCCUGUAAACCUUGUGAUCUUCGAUUACUUUGAUGUUAAAUUAAACACAGACUCUUCUAUAAAUAUUUUCAUGAGAUAUUGUGUUACACAAAGUCCUUGUUUUAACUUAGAUAUGGGUAAAUUUACAUUGGUGGUAUUGCAGGAAUUUUUCAAAAACAUUACUGUAAUGAAUAACUGAGUUUCCUAUAGAAGAACCUUAAUAGUUACUUUUGUAGUAACCAAGCAAGCAUCAUAUCUUAAGUAUGUGAUCAUUUGCACUUGUUACCUCUUAAUAUGGAUGCAACUUAUUAAAAAUGUUGGCCUGGGUAUUUCAAAGGGUAUAUAUGUAAGGUAAAAACUAGUGUGCCAAAUGGUAUAGGAACAACUGUACCUUUUUUGAUCAGUUGGCAUGAAGCCAUAGAAUUAAAUUUUGGCUUUAGAAUACAGAUGUGUUCAUUACAUUCCCCAAGGGUCAAAUUGGAGCUUUUAAAGAAUUAAAGCUUCUAUGACUAUAUGGUUUAAGAAUUAAAUUAUUAGUAAUUUAUUAUUUUAAAUAUUUGACCUCAUUAGUUGUUAAUUUUUUAGUUGGAUUAAAAAAAAAAACUCACUGACAUAAUCUCCCUAGUGAAAACUUGGGUAAUAUAUGUAAGAAAUGGCAAAUAAAUACAUUAGUUAAUGACUUUUUAUGUAGAAAUUUGACAGCAUUACAAAUUAAGUGAGCAUUAAAAACACAGCAAUCAUUCAUACUGCUUUCAUAGGUGUUAUGAUAGUCUCUGAUUAAUCAAUCUAGUAUUACUUAUUUUACAAGUGUUGUCCUGUUUCAUAUCUUUGAAGUAGUAGUGAAAUUGUAGGCCAUUUUCUUAUUGCAUUUCAGUUACUUUUCAGUUAAUUAUUCCUUUAAAAAGAAAAUACAGCAGAACCUCACUGUAGCAUUCUUUACUGCAGAGCAAAAUUCAAUUUAAGAUGGGCUUCUCUGAGGUCCACAUCAUGGCAGUUCAUUUACUCUUGUGCCAAAUGGCAACACCACCUCUAAAGCAGUUUCACAGCAUAGUCCCCUACAAUGUUAUACCAAGGCUCUGAUGUAUUUCUUUUAGUAGUUUCUAAGUGUAAAAUUUAUUCUAAAUGUUUUAUGGCUAUUAUCUAUUUCACCAGUUACUGAAUUAAGAAUGAUUUUCAUUACUUGAGUGGGAUUUGUGAUUUAAUGACAGUUGAAUAAUCAAAAAUAUUUUAUUAGUCCCCCAAAAUUUAAUAGAUAGCUAUUUCUGUUACAUUUUAUUACUGUAUGGCACAAGAAAGAAGUGACAUUGGGUAUGUUAGAAAUGAAAUAAGGAGUAAAAAUGCAUUACCAUUUGUUUAAUAAUUAUCUUUACAGAUUGCUAGUUUAAUGACUUUUUUAACUGAAUUUUUUGAAUAAAUCAGAAAUGUUUGUAUUGGUCA